UCAUUGUUACAUCUGUGGAUUCUCGUGUAAAUCUUUUAAAUAAACCUUGGCUGUUUUAGGCUCCCUGUUUCUUAGUACUGAGAAAGCAGAGUGUGUAAAAAAUGGAUGCAAUAUUCAGCUGCAGACUGGAGGAUAUGGAAGAUUAUUAUAGCUUGCUGGGAUGUGAUGAAUUAUCUACAGUUGAACAAAUUGUUGCAGAGUUUAAAGUUAGAGCUCUUGAAUGUCAUCCCGACAAGCAUCCUGGAAACCCUCAGGCUGUGGAGAAUUUUCAGAAGUUGCAACAUGCAAAAGAGAUUCUUUCUAAUGAAGACAGCCGAGCCCGUUAUGACUACUGGCGAAGGAGCAAAAUUGCUAUCCCAUUCCAGCAGUGGGAAGCCCUGAGCAACUCAAUGAAAACAUCAAUGCAUUGGGCUGUCAGAGAUAAAAAAGAGCCAAUGUUGGAUGCCCCUGAUUCAAAUCGUAAUGACAAGGUGGCUGAUAAUUUUUCACUGAAGACAGAAAUCAAGAGGGAUGAUUUAUUCAACGAUAGGAAGGAAAUGGAGGAUUUUCAAAUCUUUGAUGGGAAACCGAUGUCACCAAAAAGCCCAGAUUCACCAGAUCCAAAUUGCUGGCACCUGCGCUUCCGUUGGUCAGGUGACACUCCAUCUGAACUUUUGCGGAAAUUUAGAAAUUAUGAAAUAUGAAGCAGAACAUCAAAUAUGUAUGAAGGAUGAAACGUGUUGAAUGUGGUUUUCAUUGUUUCCAUAUUUUUGCAUAUGUUUAUUAUAGAGUGGCUACUGACAUGUAUAUAUAUUUUAUGUUAGGGAUGUGCCUACUUUGUGAAAUGGUUCAAAAGAGCUGCUUCAGAACAUGCUUCAGAAUGUAUGCAAGGAAACCAUGCAGCUGUCCAUCUUUUUUUCAGGUGAACUAGAGAAAAGCUCUUUUAAAACUUGCAUUUAGAAUUGGAUUCUUAAAGCAGCAGCGGCAUUUUGGAUGUAUGCCUGAAGGGAAAAAAAGCAGGUUGCUGGAAUGACUAUCAGAGAGGUGUUUAUGCAAAGUUUGAAGCACCACUUUUUGAAAUUUGUGUGGCUUCAGAAAUAUGUAUCACUUGUGCAGUUAUGUAUAGUGUUUUAAAUUUUGUAAUAUUAUUUUUAUAUAAAUUAUAAUGUAAAACAUUGUAGUUUCUGAACUAGAUUUAUUCAUUGCAUGGAUAAUAUGUUGGUGCAUUUAGUUCUGUUUCCAAAAACUGUAUCCGUAAGUAAAUCUGUUUCCUAUAACUGUGGAAACAUUAAGAAACUUAUCUGCAGUCACUUGUAACAUUCUUUAUUUCUAACUUCUAUUUCCAGCUAUGGAAAUGAAUUCACAGAUUGUAGCCGUUCAGCUGUGUCAUUCCCAUCUCCUAAAAGCCUACUUAUAAUGUCUUCUUCUUUUUCUUGCUAUAUCCUGUUGCUUGCGAAACCUUCCAAAUUAUAUUGGUAAUACUAUCUCCAUUUCCACCUUUUCUAAGAAACAUUUCAUCUAAUUCUUUACAUCCUUCACCCCAGCAAAAUUGUAUAUUUUGCUAUUCUUAAUAUUCAGGGUCAAAAUACACACCAUGUUAGAGUUACAUAUAUUUUUACUACACGUAAAAAUAGCUACAAACUUGAGGUUCUCCAGUGCUAAUCAGGGCUUUGCCACAUUGACUAUAGUAUACAGAAUAAUAAGGUUGGAAAGGAGGUUUUGUAAUCCAUCUCCUGCUGAAGCAGUACUUCCUAUCCAUUUUAGACAAAUGGCUCUUCAAUCUCUUCUUAAAAACUUCCAGUGAUGGAGCACCCACAACUUCUGAAAAUGGAAAUGAAUGGAAUGAAAUGAAAAUGGACAAAGAGGCUAAUGAAUCUCCUGCUCCUCAUGGUGAUUUUAAUAAAAAGAGAAUUAAUGCUGAAAGCUUUGCUGUUGAACAUAUUUUUGUGUAAUGUGACAUUUUCCUUUCUUCUGUCCCUUGGUUCUCUCAGUGCCAACAUUUAGUAAAUAAUUUAUGAAUGUGACUUGCCUUUAAAAAAAUAAUGAUACCUUGUAAAUAUUAUGUAUUUGGAUGUCACUAAAUAAAUAUCAUAUAAAAAAAAGU